AUGUCUGAUAUGCUGGACGAUGACAUUACUAUGAGCGAGUACAUGGAGGAGUUGGAUGUCGAAUGGCCCUGUUCAGAAAAUGGCCCUUCCGAACGAAGGCCUUCCUGGUUUUGGCUCCGUGAAGUGACUUCACAAGACGCAGAAAAUGGGAUGGAUGUGCAAGGAAUUACAUGGGAUUCCUUCAACGUUACUCGUCAGCGAUAUCGUGAAUUACGACUUAUAGACUAUAAAAACUAUGAGAAUGUUCAAAGAUCGCAUGACGAAAUCAAAAAGGAAAUUAAACCUGUUCGGACAGAUUCUCAAUUUUACAAGUUCAAAUACACCACGCUUUCACAUAAAUGUUCUAUUGUACAUUUUCAGUUGCGAAAUUUAUUGUGGGCAACCGGAAGAAAUGACGUGUUUUAUACAUAUUCUUCACGUAUUGGAUACUGGAAUUCAAUAAUGAAAAAAUCUAAAGUAGCAUUGGAUCUGAAUUAUAACAGUCGUAACGCAGAUAAUCCUUUCGAAAUUAGCACAAUCGCUUGCAAGGAUAAUUAUUUACUUGUUGGUGGAUUAUAUGGUGAAUAUGCGUGUCGAAGGCUUGAUGCAGAUCCUAUCCAUUUUGGCACAAUAACCACAGAUAACAAUGGGAUAACAAAUCAUAUGGAUAUCAUUGAAUCACGAACAGGAGGCAUUGUUUCAGUGAUAUCAAGCAAUGAUAAAAAAUCUCGAAUUAUGGAUCUUGCAACAUUGAAAUUUAUUGACACUUAUGACUUUCAAUGGCCAGUCAAUUGUACAGCAGUGAGUCCAGACAAAAAUUUAUUGUGUGUUGUUGGCGAUGAUACUGACACUGUUGUUGCAAGUGCUGACUCAGGAAAACAUAUUGCGACUCUUAAAGGUCACAUUGACUAUUCUUUUGCAUGCUGUUGGAGCCCAGAUGGACGGAUUAUCGCAACAGGAAAUCAAGGUGCCGUGAGGUCACUUCAUUUUUCUGAAGAUGGACGUUAUUUAGCCAUGGCAGAACCGGCUGACUUCGUGCAUAUAUUCGAUGCACACACAUUUGAUCGAUCUCAAGUAAUUGAUUUGUUCGGAGAAAUUGCGGGUGUUACUUUUACUCCAGAUACUGACGGAUUAUACAUAGCGAAUGCCGAUGAAAACUAUGGAUGUAUCCUGGAAUAUGAAAGGAUUCAUUCAAUAAACCACUUAGGAAAUAUUUUCCUAUAA